UUCAGCUCCAACGCUGCCCCCCUGUUCCCUCUUCUUAAGCAGAGGGAUGAGUCGCUGUAAAGAAUACCUAAAGGGCUUUCUAGCCCAGGUGGAAGCUAAGGCGGGGCAGGAGAAAGGGCAGCUGGCUGAGGAAUUCCAGGAAAUCAAGGCCCGAACGUUAGCAUUUCGGCAACAGCAGGCCAUUUCAACCGAGGCUGGGUGCAACAAGGAGAAUAUCAAGAAGAACCGUUACAAAGAUAUCCUACCCUAUGACCAAACCAGAGUUGUUUUGAAUUUAUUAGAAGAAUGCCAAACAGAUUACAUCAAUGCCAGUUUCAUUCAGGGUGUGGACAACAAGAGAUGCUACAUCGCUACUCAGGGGCCUCUUGCCCAUACAGUGCUUGAUUUCUGGCGUAUGAUUUGGCAAUACAAAGUGAAGGUGAUUGUCAUGGCUUGCCGGGAAGUAGAAAUGGGCAAGAAAAAAUGUGAACGUUACUGGCCUUCUGGAGAGGAAGCCGUGCAUUCUGGACCCUUCUCUGUGGCACAGGUCAAAGAACAGGAACUCAACCCAGAUGUCAUUGUGCGGGUACUUACCUUGGCAUUUCAGCAGGAAGAACGGGUGAUUUUCCAUUUCCAGUAUGUGGCUUGGCCAGACCGAGGCAUCCCAGACACUUAUGGUUACUUCCUCAACAUGAUUGAGCAAGUGAGAUUUAAGCAGGGUGAGGACACCGUGCCCAUCUGUGUGCACUGCAGUGCUGGCUGCGGUCGGACAGGUGUGAUCUGUACAUUGGAAUAUGUACGGCAGCUGCUGCUUAAAGAGAGGAUUUCUCCAUAUUUCAGCAUUUUUGAUAUAGUCCUAGAAAUGAGGAAGCAGAGGCCAGCUAUUGUCCAGACCCAGGAGCAGUAUGAGUUUGUGUAUCGUGCAGUCACUGAAAUGUUCCGGGAUGCCCUGGGCAUUUCCUGUCCAAAUUAUGAAAAUCUCAAAGAGAAUCGUCUUCCCCUUUAUGACGACGCCCUCUCCCUCCGGCAACCAACUGCUCCCUUGCUCAAGCGAAACUCCAUCCUCCGGAGCAUCUCAGUGCCUGCUGAUCCAACACCAGCACCCCUUCCCGAACAGCCAAGAAAACCCGUCAAGAACAUGGGUGACACUUAUGCUGUUGUGAACAAAUUCCGGCGAAAUGGAGCAGGAGCUUCUUCUGCUUCUCCUGCCAGUGAGGACAAGUCCAUCGGAGAGGCACAGCAUUAUACUGCUGUGAAGCCACACAACAGCACCGUGGCUGACUUUCCAUCAAUAGACCCCAGUGCCUUUGCAGGAGUACAAGCCAGUCACUCUCUGCCUGGAAGUCCUGUACACAAGGCAUCACCGAAUACAGCUUGUGAAAAUCCCCGUCUUAGUUCAUCUCUGACAGGAGAGUCCAGUUCUGGAGUCACCUCCUCUCCAUCUCACACAAACGGACUUGGAAAAACUCUUCUCAGGAAUCUGAUGCCCCCAGCUUUUAUCUCCUCGUCCGGAAAGAAAGUACCAUCAUUGUCUCGGACUGUCCCUAUGCAAACCUAUGAGGAUGUGGCCGACCCCCCACUCAGGACUUGCCCAAAUACUGCAGGGUCUUCUGCCAUGGGAUUUAACAUCCGGAUUGGGAAGCCAAAAGGACCAAGAGACCCUCCUGUUGAGUGGAGCAGAGUGUAAGCUGCACUUCUGAGAAGGACAUUCUUUAGCAGCAGGG